UUUAAACAUAUAUGAAGCCGAACCAAACGUUACAUCCUCGUCUCCUGCUUUCACUGCACGAUGGUCGAAGGGGCAACGCGUGUUGUCGACUCCUUUGCUCUUUCUUGGGUGGUUUAACUUGGAAUGUUCCUGGCUUGAAGCUGGAGCAGUCGGGAGUCCGUUCCAUUCGCCCAUUUAUACAUACAAAUGGCGUGCUUGUGGCCUGCGACAUCGGGGGUUGAGGUGCCUUCCUUGGGAUCAUGUCUUCCCUUUCCUUGUUCCAGAGAAUCGUCGUCAGAUGUGGCCUGACGAGCUGCCGUUCCAUGAAGAAACAGCCUGUUAAGAUAAUGGUCACCGGUGCUGCAGGACAAAUAGGCUAUGCUCUUGUGCCGAUGAUUGCUCGAGGUGUAAUGCUGGGCUCUGAUCAACCAGUGAUCCUGCACUUGCUUGAUAUUCCACCUGCUGCAGAGGCCUUGAACGGUGUUAAAAUGGAGUUAAUUGAUGCUGCGUUUCCUCUUCUCAAAGGCGUUGUUGCUACAACUAAUGUGGAGGAAGCUUGCGGUGGUGUCAACAUAGCUAUCAUGGUUGGUGGGUUUCGUAGGAAGGAGGGAACGGAGAGGAAAGACGUUAUGUCAAAGAAUGUCUCCAUCUACAAAGCUCAAGCGUCAGCUCUGGAACAGUAUGCAGCUGCAAAUUGCAAGGUUCUUGUUGUUGCCAACCCAGCUAACACCAAUGCUCUGAUCCUAAAAGAAUUCGCUCCGUCCAUUCCAGCAAAGAACAUCACAUGCCUCACAAGGCUUGAUCAUAACCGAGCUCUUGGUGGGAUCGCACAGAGAUUGAACAUCCAUGUCAGUGAUGUGAAGAACGUCAUCAUCUGGGGAAACCAUUCUUCUACUCAAUAUCCUGAUGCCAGUCAUGCUACUGUCAUCACCCAGGCUGGCGAAAAAUCUGUCAAAGAACUUAUUGCUGAUGAUAAAUGGUUGCACGAUGAGUUCAUCAGCUUUGUGCAGCAGCGGGGCGCAGCCAUCAUCAAAGCCCGUAAGCUGUCGAGUGCAUUAUCUGCUGCCAGUGCAGCUUGUGAUCACAUCCAUGACUGGGUUCUUGGCACUCCCAAGGGCACCUGGACGUCGAUGGGUGUCUACUCCGAUGGAUCGUAUGGUGUUCCUCCCGGCCUCAUCUACUCCUUCCCUGUCACCUGCAACAAAGGAGAAUGGUCGAUCGUGCAGGGCCUGCGCAUCGAUGAGCCUUCACGAGCUGGAAUGGAUGCGACAGCGAAGGAGCUCAUUGAAGAGAAGACUUUGGCUUAUUCUUUCCUUGACUGAUCUCGUACGUUUGACUACUGACACUGCUGCAAGAACUCAAUUCCAAAGUAUGACCUCAAUGUUAUCGAAUACAUUUUCUCAA